AUGGAACCCUCGAAUAAACGUAGAAAACUGUCGCCAGACGCAGUCAAAUCAAGCCGCUCUUCCGAUCAAGAGGACGAUUCAACCGACUUCAAGCUAGCUGUGCUUGCCUCUCUCCAUCCAGAUCGAAGCCAGGACGUUCUGCUGGACUACCUCCUGGCGUAUGAUGGAUCUGUCGAUGGUGUCUCCGCUGCACUUGCAACUUCGCUAAAGGACCAGCAAUGGAAAAAGAGAAGCGCAGCUUAUGGAGUUCAAUCUUCCCUUCCGUUUGCCACCAGCGGGUCAGUCACAACGCCAAAAUCCUUGACCCAAAAAGGGCGCACCCUCCAUCUGUAUUCUCCCGAGGACAUCGAAGCUCAUACUCCUUGCUCCGUUGUGCACAACUUCCUACCAGCCGAUGUAGCAGACGCCUUGCUCCAAGAACUGCUGCAGGAGCUACCAUCCUUCCGAAGAGACAAGUUCCAAAUGUUCGAGCGUGCAGUGGAGUCUCCCCAUACCGUCAGGCUCUACGUCGACUCCUGGGACGAAGUGAACGAGCAUAACACGCAGUACAUGUACAACGGCGGCUAUCUGAACAACAUCGGACGAACGCCUCCUGAGCUCCUGAAAGUCUCUGAUCUGGUGCGAACGACGGUCAAUGAGGAGAUCACGAGGAGAACAAACGAUUUUCGGCCGGAUGGGAAAAGGCUCAAAUUCCAGUCACCAGAGGAGUGGAAGCCGAAUGCCUCCUUCGUCAACUGUUACAGCGGAGGUCACGAGAACGUGGGUUGGCAUUCUGAUCACCUCACCUAUCUCGGCCCUCGAGCGGUGAUCGGAAGCCUGUCGCUGGGCGUCAAGAGGGAGUUCCGCGUUCGCAAAAUCGUUCCGCAAGUAGACGCAACUUCUGCGGACGAGCAAGGCCAGAUUGCCAUCCAUCUCCCGCACAACAGCCUCCUUGUGAUGCACGCGGAGAUGCAAGAGGAGUGGAAACACUCCAUAGCGCCAGCAAAGUCCAUCGAUCCGCAUCCAGUCGCCGGCAAUCGGAGGUUCAACAUCACUUAUCGCUGCUACAAGGACUACCUACAUCCGAAGUUGACGCCGCGCUGCAGGUGCAACAUGGCUGCUGUUCUCAGGUGUGUGCAGAAACGUGCCGCGACGAGAGGGAGAUACAUGUGGAUGUGCCAUGCUGGCUUCUCGGUUGGCAAGACGUCUUGUGGAUGGUUCUCGUGGGCCGAUCUGGAUGAGGAUGGAAAGCCGCCGUGGGCGGACGGGUACAAGGGCAAUGCUAAUUUGCCUGUAUCUGCUAGAGAAUAG